CCUUCAAGGUCUUGAGGGACAGCACAGGAGUGGAAUCCCACAGACAAGAGUCUCCUCUGCAGAGACGCUCACAACAUUGUUGCCUGGAUUUACUUGGAUGGAUGUAAUGGAAAGCUCUGCUCGAAGGAAAUAUGCCAUGAUAUGACUGACUGAACCAUUUUUGCUUAAGUGGAGGAUUUUCAUGACAGUCCCAACCAGAGACAGACUGAGAGCUGGAUCCAUUUUCUUUGAAAUAUAAAUCCAUCAGGAUUUCUUCAGUGGAUUCUGUGCUUUUUUAAAAGCCACAAAUAUUUGGAAUUUAUCAUAAAGCAACUUGAACAACAAGGUAGUUUUAGCCAUGGAAGAGAGUGGGGUGUCCCGCCGGGUUCACAGGAGGAUCCUGGAUGAGGGAGCUGUGGAUGAGAUUGCAGUAAAGUCCGACUCAGACGUGUCUCUGUGUGAGAAGGUCAAAAAGUCAAUGAGGUGUUCUGGGCCUCGGUUGAAAAAAUGCCUGCUGCAGAGAGUUCCUGUAUUAUCAUGGCUGCCUCGUUACUCGUUCAGAGACAACGCCCUUGGAGACCUGAUCUCUGGAAUCAGUGUGGGGAUCAUGCAGCUUCCACAGGGUAUGGCCUAUGCCUUGCUCUCGUCUGUUCCUCCAGUCUUUGGCCUUUACUCCUCCUUCUAUCCUGUGCUCAUCUACUUCAUCUUCGGCACAUCCAAGCACAUCUCAGUAGGAACAUAUGCAGUGAUGAGUGUGAUGAUAGGGGGCGUGACAGAUCGAUUAGCCCCCGACUCGGACUUUAUGAUAUGGGACAAUAUGACCAACUCUAGUAUAAUUGAUACUGUCCUCAGGGAUGAAGCGCGAGUCAAAGUGGCUGUAACUGUCACCUUCAUGUCUGGAUUAUUUCAGAUUCUGCUCGGUCUGCUCCAGUUUGGUUUUGUGGUGACAUAUCUGUCCGAUCCCCUGGUCAGAGGUUACACCACAGGAGCCGCCAUCCACGUCAUUGUGUCCCAGCUCAAAUACACCUUUGGCAUCAGCCCUUUAAGAUACAGUGGACCACUGUCACUGAUAUAUACAGUGAUAGAGAUCUGUUAUCUCAUACCACAGACAAACAUCGGUACACUUGUGGUUAGUAUCGUCGCCAUAGUCUGCCUUAUCCUCGCCAAGGAGCUCAAUGCAUUCCUGAGUAAAAAACUCCCUGUUCCAAUACCCGUGGAGCUGCUCGCUAUCAUUAUUGCAACCGUCAUCUCCUGGCAAGUUAACUUAGAAGGCAAAUAUGGAGUCGAUGUGGUGGGAGAUAUUCCCUCAGGUCUCCAGGCACCUGCUUUCCCACCUACCUCUCUGUUUGGUCAGGUGAUCGGAGACGCCUUCGCUCUGGCUGUGGUUGGCUAUGGCAUUGCCAUCUCACUGGGACGAAUCUUCGCCCUGAAAUAUGGCUACAAGGUGGACAGCAACCAGGAACUAAUCGCUCUGGGUCUGAGUAACACUGUGGGAGGGAUCUUCCAGUGUUUCGCCAUCAGCUGCUCCAUGUCUCGCUCCAUGGUUCAGGAGAGCACAGGAGGGAAAACUCAGGUUGCUGGAGCUUUGUCAGCGAUAGUUAUACUUAUUAUUGUGCUUUGGAUCGGGGUUCUCUUUGAAACUCUACCCAAGGCAGUGCUGGCUGCCAUCAUCUAUGUCAACCUCCAUGGCAUGAUGAAGCAGUUCCUGGACGUCCCUGCACUGUGGAAAAAAAACCGAGUUGACGCGGUGAUCUGGGUGGCCACCUUCAUCCUCACCCUGCUGUUGAACCCUGACAUCGGGCUGGCUGCUUCCAUCGGUUUCUCCAUGCUCACUGUCAUCUUCAGGACCCAGCUACCUAAAUAUUCCCUGUUAGGCCAGGUCCCAGACACUGACAUUUACAGACCAAUGGAAGACUACGUUCAGGUGCAGCAGGUGCCAGGGAUUUUAAUCUUCCGUUCCUCUGCCACACUCUACUUUGCCAAUGCUGAGAUGUAUCAAGAUGCUCUGAGGAAGAAGUCGGGCAUCGAUGUUGCCAAAAUCCUGUCGGCAAAGAAGAAACUAGAGGCAAAAAGGAAGCGAAUUGAAAAGAAAAACGCCAAGAAAACACAGGAGGGCGGCGGAAAAGAGGAACAAGAGCAAAACAUUGCCGUCAUUGAAAUGAAUGCUGAACGUUCGCCCUCGCUCCCAAGAGCCAUCAUUCUGGACCUCAGCCCUGUCAACUUCCUGGAUACUGUGGGAGUCAAAGCACUAAAAAGUAUCCACAAAGACUAUGGAGAAACUGGAAUAGAGGUGAUUCUUGCCGGCUGCCAAACCAGUGUAGUGGAUGACCUGCAGACCGGAGGAUUCUUUCACGAUGACGUGACAAAAUACUGUCUGUUCUCCACUGUCCACGAUGCUGUUUUGUACUGUCAGUCUGCCGAUGAACAAUAUGAGGUCAUCAACGAGGCAGAGCUUUGAGGCCUGAGAGAGAAGAUGGAUAAUAUUAUGAAACAUGACAAUAUCUUUAAAAAAAACAAAAAAGUGAAUUCAGCCUGCGACACACGGCCUUAUGGAUUUAUUUUCCCUUUUUUUUGCAAAUGAUUUCAUGAAUUGCAAGUGUGUGAGCAGACAGAGUUUUGUCCCAGCCUCAUGCUUCAUCCACAUGUAGUCCGGUAUUUUUGAAUGCAUUUUGGCCUUCCAUCUACAUGUAAACACAGAGCUGUGUGGAGAAUUUGGGAAAUCAGACUCAGGGUUGUAUUGUAUAAUGACAGGGCCGGCCCAAGUCAUUAUGGGGCCCUAAGCAGAAUUUUAUUUGGGACCCCCUCCACACAUCAGAGUAGCCAGUGCUUGACUCUUAUUGAUACAAAUGUAAACAAUAUUUUUUCUUUGCCGUGUUAAAAAAGUUUCCAAUAAUAACAUUGUCGACUCCAAGCACUUAAGUACAUAUGCCAGGACUGUAAGAUUAGCUGUAACGUUACACCAAACACAGAGAUGAAGACGUUGUACACGUUACAGAUAUAACAGAAACAGGAUGAACCGAGACAGUGGAAAGAAAGGGACAUGUCUGUUUGUAUACGUUUAUGUUUCGUGUGCAUAUUUAGCAACUUUACAGACCCCAGGCGACUUCUUUUUUUUUUUUUUUUCUAAAAAGCAACUACUGACAAAUACGUUUUUUCUCCUCUCUUUAUUUUAAGAUUCCACACUCUUUUUUUACCCCGUGUGUGAAAUCUCUAAAGACAGGACGUGUUCUAGUGAUAUCUAGCAUUUCAGGUUGACUUUAGUUACUUUUCGUUACUCAAACAAUCUCCAAACACAAGACAAUGAAUGACAGUGGAAGAUAGAGCUGGGAAUAUGACGUCAUUGUUUGCAGCGAGCAAUUAUUUGCAUUUAAAGCAUAUCAAUAAUGUUUGAUAAUAUUACACUGUAACAUGUGUGGUAAUGAUUUCUUUAUGAAAAGUUUGAAAAGAUUACGAAUCUGACAAUAUACAUGCAAAAAUAAAUUUGUUUAAUAAAAGUA